UGAGCAAAUAACUGCGUUAUAGCUUAUUUAAUGAACUGCGGUGACCCCUGGGUCAAACAGCUGCGCUUUCGGGUCAGAAUGAUAAGAAGCGCAGCUGUUCACUAAAUGAAUGCUGACUUAGAUUAUUGACGGUUUGCGUCUUUAUUUAAACCUUAUUACUGAUGACAGGCUUUGGUUUGAGGCCGUUACCUAAACUGUAAUCAUACUUUCAACCUAAGAUGUUAUCAAAAUAUGUAAACAAAUAAACAAACAUGUAGGUCAGCUUUGCUCCCAGAGGCUGGGCAAGGUUAGCAGGGGCGCGUGCCAUUGUGUUUGCUAUUGAGUGCUGCUCCGCGCGGGAGGUGGGCUGGACAGCUGUUCUAGAAAGCUGGACGGUCCAGGUUGCUCGCCUCGCCCCUCACAGGCUCUCUUGUGAUAUAUGGCCAGCGGGGGCUUCAAGCCGCACCUGAAUGGUCCGUUAUGGACCGAGAGCGGGAUGAGCGUCACAGAAGAGCAACAUGGCGGCGACCACCGCAGCGGAGCCCCGAGGCCGGGGAUGCUCAGCGAGGAAGAGCGACUUCGCACUUUCCGCCACUGGCCAAGAGACGCGCCGGUCACCCCGGCAGACCUCGCCCGGGCUGGCUUCUACUUUCUGGGCCAUGAGGACUCGGUACAGUGCUUCUGCUGCGACGGGGUCCUGCGGUGCUGGGUCCGCGGGGACGAACCGCUGGACGAGCACAAACGGCACUUCCCAGCAUGCCACUUCGUUCUGGGGAGAAAUGUAGGAAACAUCCCGCGACCACCAGGAUCCCCGGACUCGGUGGACGGACAGCUGCUGAGCCAGCUCCAGAGGAUGGGAGUGGAUGAGCAGAUAGCCGGCGGACAGGCCGUUUACCCGGAGAUGGAGUCCGAGGACACCCGGCUGACCACUUUCCACAACUGGCCAACGGGCGCUUCGGUGCAGCCGGACACUUUAGCGCGGGCAGGAUUCUUUUACACAGGUCAUGGUGACAAUGUGAAGUGUUUCUUCUGUGAUGGUGGUUUGAGGAACUGGGAGCCUGGAGACGAUCCAUGGCAGGAACAUGCUAAGUGGUUUCCACGAUGUGAGUAUCUGCUUCAGUCCCGAGGGCAGGAGUAUGUGAACAACAUUCAGCAGUCGUACUUCAACAUGUCAGAGACGGGUGGAUCUGAGACUUCAGCUGCUGCAGAUAUAACCUCAGGCCACGAGGUGCUGAGUGGACAGAGUGCAGUGGCGACGGCCAUGUUGUCCCCUGUGGUGCAGUCAGUGCUGCAGAUGGGUUUUCGGCAGGAGCUGGUGGAGAGUCUGGUCCAGUCGCGCUACCUGCUCACUGGCCACCACUACACCUCCGUCUCCGACCUGGUGGCGGACAUCCUGCAGGCCGAGGAGGAGGAGAGGCAGGGCAGCGAGUCCAGACCAGAGCCUGUGGUGAGGCAGGGCAGUAGUGCUGGUGAAGUGAGGACUCAGGCCUCAGUCGGGGAGAAAGUGCUGGGGAACCUGAGUGCGGAGGAGCAGUUGAGGCAGCUUCAGGAGGAACGCACCUGUAAGGUGUGUAUGGACAAGCUGGUUUCCAUGGUGUUCAUUCCCUGCGGUCACCUGGUGGUCUGUACAGACUGUGCAGCCAGCCUUCGGCACUGCCCCAUCUGCAGAGCGGUCAUUCGGGGCAGCGUUCGCGCCUUCAUGUCCUAAGACCUGCAUAAACGCCCUCCUACACACGUUUACACCCCUGACAGACAGCUUUGACAAAAACUAUGAAACACAGUUCAGCUCACAGUUAGCUGGUCACUGGAAGGAGAUUAAUGGCAUUUUUCCACUGGGCAGUGCGGGACAGCACGGUACGGCUAGAAAUCCUGCCAAAAAAAGAGCUUAGACCAGCUGUGUUAUACUAGUCUAGUGCUAGUUUAGCUGGUUACCCAGCACGAUCAUGCAGGUUGACCAGAACACCAGCAUCCAAAACACAUGUCUUGUUUUUGGUGGUGAUCAGUCUGUAUUACAGCUUUCAUUGAUGCUGAACAACAUUCCAGCAUGC